AGUGUAGCGUUGCUGCCUCCGCCCUUGCGGCAAGGGAUAAGAAACCCUGCGCCAACACUUCCUUCUUUCCCAGGCGGCUGCCGAAGAUGGCGGAGGGGCAGGUCCUAGUGCUGGAUGGCCGAGGCCAUCUCCUGGGCCGCCUGGCGGCCAUUGUGGCCAAACAGGUACUGCUGGGCCGCAAGGUGGUGGUUGUGCGCUGUGAGGGCAUCAACAUUUCUGGAAAUUUCUACAGAAACAAGUUGAAGUACCUGGCCUUCCUCCGCAAGAGGAUGAAUACCAACCCAUCCCGUGGCCCAUACCACUUCCGGGCCCCCAGUCGCAUCUUCUGGAGGACAGUGCGAGGCAUGCUGCCCCACAAGACCAAGCGAGGCCAGGCUGCCCUGGACCGCCUCAAGGUGUUUGAUGGGAUUCCACCACCCUACGACAAGAAAAAGCGGAUGGUGGUUCCUGCUGCCCUGAAGGUUGUGCGACUGAAGCCAACAAGAAAGUUUGCCUACCUGGGGCGCCUGGCUCAUGAGGUCGGCUGGAAGUACCAGGCAGUGACAGCCACCCUGGAGGAGAAGAGAAAGGAGAAAGCCAAGAUCCAUUACCGGAAGAAAAAACAGCUUAUGAGGCUACGAAAACAGGCAGAAAAGAAUGUGGAGAAGAAAAUUAACAAGUUCACAGAGGUCCUCAGAACCAAUGGACUCCUGGUCUGAGCCCAAUAAAGACUGUUUAUGCCUAA